CACUUACGCGCUUCCACUCCAUACCAAACCACCACCACCACUACUCCCCAUUUCCACCGUCGCUCAACAUGGUCGCCUCAACUACCGCAUCUUUCGAGAGUUUCGUCAAGCAGACCCGCGAGAAGAAGAAGAACGAAGCCCUCGCGCAACAGUUCCUCGGAGCUAGCAGCCGAGGCCGGAAAGCGAACGCACCAGGCGCCGGCGGACGGGCGCGAGUUGAAUCUGAAAAGCCCUCGUUGCUCAGCCGGAUAAACGGUGGUGCUGGCGUACAGAAGCGAUCAGCAAGCGCGAAACCAGCCGGCAACGUUGAUGGCAAAUGGCAACACGAUCUGCACAAGCUGAACAACCCCCGCGGCGCCGCCAACAACAGGAACAACCUCGCCCGGACGGCGUCAGCAUCCCAGGUCGAGCGCAAUAGCAAAGCGUACACCAAAUUUGCUCCCGUCCUUGGUCGCGGUGCGGCUACACGCAGCAAUGACGCUGCACCGGGCAUCAGCAUUCGAGGCGCCGCGACAGGCGGUCCGUGUACGGUCAUUGCUAGUAACUUUGCACCUGGAACCACGGCCGCUGAUAUUGAGGCUGUCAUGACCCCGAUUGGAGGAGAGACGCUGGGGUGCAGGCUCUUAUCUUCCAGCCCGACGGUCAUGGUCGAGCUGCAGUUUGUGAGCAGAGAGGGCGCCGAGAAUGUUAUCGCGACGUUCAACAACCAGAAGGCUGAUGGUAGACUCCUCUACGUCUACAUGAAGGAUGUUCCUGCGAGCACCCACGUUGCAAGAGCCCCGCCCGCCCGCCUUACGCAGUCCAUGGAUGACAUGGACAUUGACACUGGUGCAGGCGCACGCGCUGGUAGCUUCCAAGAUGGACGAUAUGGAUUCAACGACGCUAGUCGCAAAGAACCACCACGUGGACCCCGCCGACGAUACUAGAUCUCAACGGCCGGCACACAUCUUCUUCAAUUUCCCCUGUACGAUAUACCCUUUUACAGACGAUAGCAACGAGCAAACUGCAUGCAGCCGGGUUCCAAGAUUCACAACACUCGGAGGAGCCAUGCAGUUUUCCAUAUCCGAAGGCAUAAGCGGGGAGUUGGGUUAUAUAGACAACAUGCACCAACGAUCUCCUCGGCAAGUGUCUGGUGGCCAG